AAAUUUUCGUUUGUUUCUUUAUUUCUCUUUCAUUUCUUAAGGAAUAUGGUGGGGGUUGGGGGCGUCAGGAGGCUGGGGCCUGGAGGUGACAGUCUUUUGGGAGGGGCAAACUGUGGGGGGGGUCAGUUGACCCUGGUUCAGUAUGUUCUUUGAAAAAAAAAAUAUUUUAACCCAGCUGAUGUGUUCUUUUUUGUAAAAGAGAAAUUAAUUUAGAGGAGACAAUUAUUACUCUUAAUAAUUAUUAUUUGUCAACAUGUACACGCUUGCCUACCACCAUUGUAACUCAUGUACUGCACAACAACUUCAGGUUGUUCAAAAGAUGGAUUACUACACUAUUCACCAGAUUGAGUGGAUAAGUAUUUAUUAGGAAAUCUAAUUGCACUAUCCAUUGGAUAAUGUUUUGUCUGGAUGGAUAUAGCGUUAUCCACCCUUUGAAAAACUGGCCCCUGCAGUAAACAAUAAUGGAAAAUCACACAUGGAAAGAGAGGUGUGUGUUUGAGGUGGUUACACCUUGUAUAGUAUAAUAUAUAGAUUUAGCCAGAGCAAAAAGCGAAGCUCUCAAUAAUAUUUAACAGAAUAUAGGAUCGUGUAAUGCUAAGUGGCAAAGGCAACGCUGGAGAAUGGUGAAAAACAGCAAUAGGUCCACCUUUUGAAAGCCCUUUGGUUUCCUUAAAACAUAUCUACUGAUAGCCCAAAUUUCAUCCGAUUGCUUUGAGUGGUUUUCUCCUCUCAGCAACAUCUGAGCUGACCAGCCGUUAAUGCCAUCCAGUGACAUCACUACUAUCCAAAAGCCGGGUAGUGAUUUUGAUUGGUUGAUUGUCUAAAUAUUUGCAUAAUUAUGUACAUCAUGGGAAAUUUUUGCGGAUUGUCUCUUGACAUUCAGCAGAUUGCAUCGAUGCCAUUGCUUGCAUGGAGUUCAAACAUUUCGAUAAUCUUUAUCGUAAACAGCAAAAUUGCCUUUGUCUUCAAAAAUGAAUCACUAAAUUGAGCUGCGAAUGAAGAAUCAUUGCAGAGAGUCAGUAGGUUUUCAUUUAGAGCCGCUUUGUGGUUUCCGCAGUGAUUUUGGCAAUGCAUUUAGUUUCUGAGACCAAUGUCAUGUUGUCAUUCGACCUUCUUGCUAUCUUCACCAUCAAGUGUAAUGAUUCUGUUAGCUUUUCUUUCUUGUUUCCCUGUUUUCUUUUUUCUUCAUUAGGGCCAAAUAGCUUCUUUUCAAUUAAAGGAAAUUGUUGUGUUUUUGAACUAAGUGUUCCAUGUGUGUAUUUAUUUCAUUGCGUGAUUGCAACCGAGUUUGAAUUACAACCAGUUCAGAGUACUGAAUGCAGUUGAUAGUUUGAACAUUAAACAUAAAUUACGAUCGAAAAGAGUAAAGCAAUUCUGUCAGCUGUUCUGUAUCAUGUAGACAUUUCAAAACAAUAUUUAUUUCAAUAUUUAUUUAAGAUAAUGAUAACAAUACACCACUGUUCGUAUCAGUACGAAGAAAUGACGAAAACCUCGUCAGAUUGUUACUUGAACAUAACGCAGAUGUAAAUGUGAAAGGUGAUUUGGGAUAUACACCCUUGAACUGGUGUGCCAGAGAGGGUAACGAAAACCUCUGUAGAUUGUUACUUGAACAUAACGCGGAUGGAAAUAUACAAGAUAAUGAUGGAUAUAUACCAUUGCACUUGUGUGCCAGAGAGGGUAACGAAAACCUCUGUAGAUUGUUGCUUGAACACAACGCGGAUGUAAAUAUUCAAGAUAAUGAUGGAUAUACACCCAUGCACUGGACUACUAGAAAGCCAAAGGGUAACGAAAACCUCUGUAGAUUGUUACUUGAACACAACGCGGAUGAAAAUAUUCAAGAUAACCGUGGAUUUACACCCUUGCACUUGAGUGCUAGAAUGGGUAACGAAAACCUCUGUAGAUUGUCACUUGAACACAACGUGGAUGUAAAUAUUCAAGAUAAUCGUGGAUAUACACCCUUGCACUGGAGUACUAGAAAGGGUAACGAAAACCUCUGUAGAUUGUUACUUGAACACAACGUGGAUGUAAAUAUUCAAGAUAAUCGUGGAUUUACACCCUUGCACUGGUGUACCUUAGGGGUAACGAAAAAACAUCUGUAGAUUAUUACUUGAACACAACGCGGAUGUAAAUAUUCCAGAUAUAUAUGGAUAUACAUCCUUGCACUUGUGUGCCAGAGAGGGUAACGAAAACCUUCGUAGAUUGUUACUUAAACCAAACGCGAUGCAGCAACGUCCUAAGUUUGAACUGAGUUUUGCGCAAAAAGCUAUCGAAACAAAUUAUACAACAGUUGUCGCUUCCGUUCAAGGUGCAGAAAAACUCAAGUCCAAUCUCAAAUCGGAGAAAACACUAAGGCAAAACCCCUCGUAUACGCAUACAACAUUUUAA